GUGUCGGCCCUCGAAAGAGCAUAAAACGGGCGGCCCAGCGAUCGCCGCUUCUGCUGGAAAGCCUUUAAACGUGGGCGUAUAGUUCGGAGGAGGAAGAAGACCUCAAGUAUGGCUGAGCAUUUCGUGAGCAGCAAAAUUCAGCGCAAUAAAGUGACUGUGUUUGGGAAGCCUUCUUGUCCUUACUGUCACAUGGCAGUAGAGCUUCUGGAGGCGCUCGGCGUGAAGAACUUGGAAUACGUCGACCUCACGACCCGCGCGGAUAUGUCCAAUAUUCAGAACUACAUGGAGCGCACUACCGGCUCCAGAACAGUCCCUCGUAUCUUUAUCGGAGAAACUUGUAUCGGUGGUUAUGACAACCUGAAAGCUCUAAAUGACCGUGGAGAACUUGUUCCAAGAUUAAAGCAAAUUGGUGCUUUGUAGUAAAACUGAGAGCAGAGAUACUGGAGAGUGGGACUACCUCCUGCUGCAGUGCAAGCCUUUUGGAACAAAACGGGUCACCCCUCUCCUACUUCUGCAUCCGCUGCGCUCCUUCAUCGGCAUUUAAUGCAAAGGAUUGAUAGUGGAGGGCUGCACAUUCUAGUUAUUCCUUGUCUUGCAAAGAAUAUUGUUGUAACUUAGUAUCUCUUCAGUAUGUCUUUCUGAAAGCAGAACCAACAGAAGUGAUCCACUGCUACUAGCCUCUUAUCUUUUUUUAAAGUUCUAAGUUCUCUGGCAAAAAUGUGCUCCUCUACACUUCAACAAUCUCUUGUUAACACUUCCUACCCUUUGCAAGUUCAGUUCCCUUUCCCCUUCUCUGUGACUACCUUUUUCCUUUUUAAACAGCUUGCUGUCCUUUAUUCUUACCUGGAGACUAUCCCUUUGUCCCAAGAGGAGUGAAAACUCUUCCUGUCUGCCUGUCCCCAUCAUUUAGAAGGCUUUAAUAAUGCUAGUGCAGUCUAUAUUUCCUUGCUGCUUCUUUCCCCCACUAAUCUUACCACCUCUGUCACAAUAGAAGUUAUGUGUGUUCCAUCAUGUGUGCAACUUUUCUAGCCUCCUAUCUUUCAGGCAACAAAAAGAUCCAAGGGCUGGGAGACAUUUGGCAGGCUUGCUUGUGAAGUCAUUAGGCAGUGCUUUAUUACUAUAGUACUCCCUAGGGCUGGUACGCAUCGCUUGGCUCCCAGUAAGUCAUCACUAAAUGGGCCUGCUGGGCAGGCAUUAGAUCUGUGCUGCCGUUUUGUGAUGUGCCUAACCAGUGAAAGAUUCAUAAUAAAUUUAUGACAUGAA